AGCAUGGACAUCAAGGAGUAUUUCGCCAGAAUUUCUUACCAGGGCUCCUACAGCAAGCUGGACCUGGCUACCUUGACAGAUAUAUUCCAGCACCACAUCCGAGCGGUCCCUUUUGAAAACCUCAGCAUCCACUGUGGGGAAAGGAUCGAGCUGGACCUGGAAGCGACUUACAACAAGAUAGUGAGGAAGAAACGUGGGGGCUGGUGCAUGGAAAACAACAACCUGUUGUCCUGGGUUCUGAAAACCCUCGGCUACGACAUCACCCUUCUGGGAGCAAGAGUUUACGUCCCGGAGCGUGACGCCUAUGCAGAUGAAAUGGAUCAUCUGCUGCUGAAAGUGGUGCUUGGGGACAAAUCCUACAUUGUGGACGGCGGCUUUGGGAUGGCUUACCAGAUGUGGCAGCCCAUGGAGCUGGUUUCGGGGAAAGACCAGCCGCAGACUCCUGGGGUCUUUCGCUUCCUGGAGGAGAGCGGGGCCUGGCACCUGGAGAAGGUGAAAAGGAAGCAGUGGGUUCCCGACCAAAGCAUCUCCACUUCCCACAAUGUGGAAAAAGAAGCUUGCCGGCAGAUUUAUCUCUUCACCCUUCAGCCACGAGACAUCGAAGAGUUCAGAGGCUGCAACACCCGCCUGCAGACCUUGCCGGACACGCUGUUUAUGACAAAGUCCUUCUGCAGCCUGCAGACCACCACUGGCAUCCGGACGCUGGUGGGGUGGAAACUCACCGAGAUGACUUACAAUUAUAAGGAUAAUACAGAUCUGGUGGAAAUCAGGAUGCUUGCAGAUGAAGAAAUGGAGAAAACACUGAAAGAGAAAUUCAAUAUAACGCUAGAAAAUAAAUUUGUACCCAUCAAUAUGGGUAGUUCGUCUAUGUUUUAA